CCUAGUUUUGCCAGUAUCAGUUUAACCUUUGACGGGAAAGCUUCACAUACUUGUAUGUAGCUAUUUGUAGAUACCUAGUCGUGUUUUUAGUUGGUAUCAGUGGUGUUUAAAUUUUAUUUCUUGAUAAGGAAUCGUUUAUUUUCUUGGCGAAGCGAACAGCAAACGCAUUGUCAUUGACCCACUGAAAUGGACAGUUAGCUUCUAUACGCAAAUGAACUGAAGAUAUGAAUUUUGACGGGUGGACUUUCCUCAAGUUGGUAGAACUGGUUUUCGUGAUAGCUUGCUUAGUAACCAAAAGAGCAACAGAUGUGGAAUCAUACAGAUUGUUUUUGUACCUCCAAAAAAUAUCCAGAGAGUGGAAACUCCUCAGGAACGUCACCUGGGGUUCAUUUGGAUCCUCUUUCGCAGAUGCCACGUAUGGAGGAUAUGUCAUCAUAACAUCAAUAUUGUUUAUAACCAGGCUCAUUGGCGAAAUACCCACUCACAGAAGAGUGAUCGAGUAUCUUUUCCUUGGAUUUGGGGCUCUAUUUUUUGUUAUAUUAGGUACUUUGGAACUCUUUGCGAUAGAUGACCUACCUCCAGAUCUUGUGGAUAAUGCCAUCAUCCUAGGCACUUUAACUCUUAUAACAGCUGGUCUGUUCCUCAUAGACAUGGCAGGUCCAAAAUCAGUUAAACCCAUCAAACCUGCACAGCUCCGUAACCUCCAACAGGAACUAGAAAGACAAAGCUCCAUCAGAGUAACGCCUGGUACCAACAACAACAACUCCCAAGUCACCUUCAACCUAGGGAAAAACGAUGGAAAAACAGAGAAGGUCAUGAUAACAGAAAUCAAGGAAGUGCAAAGAAAUGGAGGUAUCAAUGGACAGACAGGCAAAAAAGGUGGAGAGUCAAAAGAUGUAGUUGAUGGUGGAAUCAAGAAAGAUUAUGGAUCAAAGAGGACUAUCCAAUCUCCAAAGACGUUUGGAAUCUUCGGAAAAGACUUGGAGGAGAUGGGAAACAGUGAUACUGACGAGAUCGAUGAUACUAUUCCUCCAAAGAUGCAGCAACAUUCGCCUGUUUGGAGUAAAAUUAGAAAGGGACAGUAUGGUAGAUAUGACGUUGUUUCGCCUAACUUGAUGUUCCCUAAAGGGGAAUCUGAAGAUGAGAGAUCUCCUAGUGGACCUGGUGAUCCAGGGUUUGUACAAUAUGCAGCAAAAACUUGGGGACAGACUGGAGGAAAAACACCAAGACAUAGUCCUACGCCAGUUUGAAUAAUAAGACAAAAUGAACUUUAUUUUUGACAGAUUCUGCAGUGCAAAAUAUUUCGCAAAAACUCUUUAGUGCGCUCGUGUUUUCAGUACCAAGAAAGUUAAUAGUUACCAUACCUUUUUAAAUGGCGUGUGUAAUUGUAAGAGUACUCGAUUGUAUAAUUUUUUAGUGAUUUUGCUAUGUUUAGUGUUUAAAGAUACUCAUCUCACUUAAUGAAUUAU